AUGACUUCAACGGAUCCAGACCGCGAACAAGACAACUUUUCAAGCGUCUCAUGGAGCGAGCACACCGAUGGCGUCCCUGCGCAAGAAACGGGCGCCUCAGAGGGCGGCGGCGCUGCUCCGCCUUCGACUGGGAAGGUUGGACUCCCGCACGAUGCGGCGGGCGACGGCCACAUUCUGGACUGCACCGUCGGAACCCCCAUCAAGGAGAAUGACGGCAGCAAGGACGCGUUUGUAUCCUACCUGAUUACUACCCACUCUACUUUCCCCUCGUUUCAGAGAGAGGACACUAAUGUGAGGCGUCGAUUCACCGACUUCGUGUUUCUCUAUAAGCAGCUUAUGCGCGACUUCCCGGCGACCGCAGUCCCUCCCCUCCCCGACAAGCAAAGGAUGGAGUACGUCCGCGGCGACCGGUUCGGGAGCGACUUUACCUCGCGCCGCGCACACUCGCUUCAACGGUUCCUCGUUCGCCUAUCACUUCACCCGGUGCUGCGACGCGCACCUAUCCUGCACAACUUCCUGGAGAGUCCGGACUGGAACGCGACGGUGAAGAGCAAGACGACACGGGCGAGCGUGCAGAGCGACCCGAACGGGUCGAGCGGCGUCUUUGACAACUUUGCCGAUACCUUCAUCAACGCUUUCACCAAGGUGCACCGCCCUGACAAGCGGUUUAUUGAGGUGAAGGACCGCAGCGAUAAGUUGGACGAGGAUUUGAACCACAUCGAAAAGGUGGUGGCGCGCGUGGUCCGCCGGGAGUCGGACCUAGAGACGGACAUGCGCGACCUUGCGGAGCAGUUCCAGAAGCUCAUCACGCUCGAACCCGGUGUUGAGCCCUCGGCGCAUGCCUUCGCCGCCUCCAUCGAGGACGCAGCCACCGGCCUGCGCACGCUCCGCGACGUCACCGACCAAGACUACCUCGGCUCUCUGCGCGACCUACAGGCCUACUCGCUCGCUCUCAAGAACCUGCUGCGCGCGCGCGAGCAGAAGCAGCUCGAUUUUGAGCAACUCACUGAAUACCUUAACAAGUCGACCGCUGAGCGCGACCAACUCCACGCAGGCCACUCCGCCUCCGGUCCUGGCGGCUUCCUGCGCGCCAAGCUCGAGGAUGUUCGUGGUGUCGACCACGAACAGGCCCGCCGCGAGCGCACCCGUCGUCUAGAGCUCCGCGUUGAGGAGCUCACUCGCGAGGUCGAAAACGCCCGACACACCAGCGACUUGUUUGACGACGAGGUCGUCCGCGAGACUGCCGACUUUGAGCGUAUCAAGCGCGUCGAGAUGAAGAGUCAACUCGCUGGCCUGGCCGAUGCCCACGUUGCAUUCUAUGGCUCUGUCAUCGACAUCUGGGAGAGCUACAUCCGGGAGAUGGAGAAGCAAGGUAUCGUCGCGGCGUGA